ACUACAUAUAAUCUUAGUGAUCAAGUUGCAAAAUAACUUUUUGUAAGAUGUCUACCAGUGAUACUAUGAGUGAAUCCAAUUCUCCAUAUUCUCAAAUGGAAUCGCCAUACAGUUCGCCUUCACAGCAAGUGCCCCAGCUUGCAAAUAAUAUUUCAGAGUUAUCUUGCGCAGACGACGCGUUUAUACACAAAGGCAGGCGACCUGAACUGCGCAUUGUGGAGCAACCUCACAACUACUUUAGAUUUAGGUAUAGAAGUGAAAUGCUUGGAACACAUGGAUCACUUCAAGGCAAGUCGUCCACGACAAAUAAGCCUAAAACUCAUCCAGCUGUUGAGUUGAAAAAUUUUUCUGGCAAAGCUCUCAUAAGAUGUACAUUGGCUCGUCACGAUAGCUCCGAAGAGCACCCACAUAAAUUACUUGAAGAUGACCUAGAUCGAGACGUGAGCAGUAUCCUACCGCACCACGGAAGUUACAGAGUGGCGUUCAGCGGUAUGGGUAUAAUACAAACGGCGAAAAAAGAUAUCGCUUCCAUAUUAUAUAAAAAAUAUGUAACUGCACCUAAUUCACCAUACAAUGAAAACAAGCUUCGUGCCCAAUGCGAGAAAGAAGCAAAGAGUAUCAAUUUAAAUAUCGUCCGGCUCAAGUUUACCGCUCACGAUUUGGUAACAGAAAAGGAAAUCUGUCCACCGGUGUUUUCAGAACCCAUUCAUAACAUGAAGAGCGCUGCGACGAACGACUUAAAAAUAUGCCGCAUCAGCCGAUGCUACGGUAGACCGAAGGGAGGGGAUGAUGUUUUUAUAUUCGUCGAAAAAGUUAACAAAAAAAAUAUUAAGAUAAGAUUUUUCGAACUGGACGAAAACGGUGUUCGCGUGUGGGAAUCUAUGGGUACGUUUUUGCAAAGCGACGUCCACCAUCAAUACGGCAUAGUAUUUAGGACCCCGCAGUACCGCAACGGGCAGAUAACGUCCGACGUGAAGGUGUUUGUAGAGCUGGUGAGGCCUAGCGAUGGUCGAACUAGCGAACCACGCGAGUUCAUCUACAAGGCCGACUACAGCCAAAGCAAGAAGCGGAAGAAUAAUUCGUCGUACUCUUCGCUGGACAGUAUUUCUGGUAGCUCUGACAGGAGCUUCUAUGAAAUACCCGCGACCAUAGACUUCAUAAAUCGCAAUGGUAAUUUUAAAAAUACGCAGGAUGAAAUCAUGAAGGAGCCACCGCCGUAUUCUGUGAAAUUACCGACGGGCUCGACGGCAGGGGACCUCUUCGCUGACGCCAUCUGGAGCUCACAAGUGAGUGCAGGGGCGGGCGGGGUGGCGCUGGGCGGGGCGGGGGCGGGCGGGUUCGCCCCGCUGCUGAGCGCGCCCAGCGUGCCCGCACCGCCAGUGCUGGCGCUGCACUCGUCCGAGAUGGACCGCAUCCUCGAGCACCCUGUCGACAUUACACCCGAGGAGAAGCGCCAGUUCCUCGGCGCGGACCUCAGCGAAUAUUUCGCACAGUUCGAUGGGAAUGACAGGCCGAGUGAGAUGAAUUUUCUUAAGGACGCAAUGAUGGUCGCAGAUUCGGCAAAAGUGACGAAACUUAAUAAUUUCGACACAAUCACCAUAAAAGAAGAAAAAGGAAUAAAAAAGAAACCAACGGGCGAAUAUUCCGCGGUAUACAAGUCCGAGGACGGCGUGCUCGUGAAAAAACUCGUCAGCGAAUUGUGCGAGAUGUUACGAAACAAAAAAGGUUACAGGAAGCAACUCGUCAGAGAUAAACUGGAACGACUCUUCGAAAUGAGAUUAAGCAAUGGUGACACAUUUUUACAUAUGACGUUGUGUAGUAACCAGCCCAGUCUGGAGUAUAUAGUGAAGCUGAUCCACAGUGUUAAAAUGUUUAAACUUUUGAAUUUGAAAAACGAUGAGAUGCAAACAGUUUUACACCUCGCUAUCGUUUACAACUUGCCAAGACUUGUUUCAUUUCUCGUGUCAAAGGGUUGCCAUCCAAUGGAAGAAGACAGUGAGGGUAACAAUGCCAUUCACUACGCUGUCGUAUAUGAGUCUUGCAUCGGACCUCUAUUGGAUGCUAUCAAGAACUACCAUGUGCACAAUUGUGAUAUCAACGCAUUUAACAAUGAAAAGCAGACGGCGCUGCACGUGGCGGCCGUGUACGGCAGCGCAGAGAGCGCGGAGAAGCUGCUGGCGCACGGCGCCAGCUUGGCGGCGCGCGACGCGGCCGGCCGCACGCCGCUGCACCUCGCCGCCUACGACGACUGCCGCGCCGUCGCCGCCGCGCUGCUGGGCGCCACCGCCGCCAGUACGAUUGACAUGUUGGACGGGAAUGGAUAUACAGCACUCCAAAUAGUUUGUGAAGGAGAAAUGAGAGCAAAUACACUCGAAAUAGCAAAACUUCUUUUAGAAAAAAAAGCGGAUCCAAAAAAACACGAAGAAUUCAAUCAACCGGCGUGGAAAUUAGCUCGCGACAAGCCAGAGUUAUUGAAACUAUUACAACAGUACAUGGACCCGCUCGAAGACGUCAAAUCUGAACCUGAAGACAUAAAGUCUGAACCCGAAGAAGAUUAUGAGUCCGCUGACGAUGAUGAAGCGACGGAGGGCGGCGCGGGGCUGGCGGAGCUGGCCGGCUACGUGGACGAGCUGAGCGCGGCGCUGGAGCGCAGCGGCGCGUGGCGCGAGCUGGCGCGGCGGCGUUGCGGCGCGCUGCUCGGCCGCCUCGCCGCCGCGCCGCGCCCCGCGCACGCGCUGCUGCUGCAUCUCAGGGACUUUGACGAUAUUACAUCAAAAUCCUUGGCUCUUAUAUUAGAAGACAUGGGACAACCUGAAGCAGCUUCCAUUGUAAAACGAUACAUCUAAUAAAAAGACGCAGACCAAAGGAAUUACAAUUUUCUAAUUGACAAAUAUGGAUGUUUUAUUUUAUGUUAUGAUACAUUUUUUAUAUUUAUGCAUUCCAAAAAACCAGACUAGAGAGAGAAUAUUCAAUAGAUCUAUUGAAUAUUGUAUGAAAUUAUGUGUAUGUAAUGUCCAUAUAUUUCUUAAUAUUUGAUAAUUAUCAUUAUUGUGAUGAAUCGUGUUGAUAAAAAUGUGGAUGUUUAAAUUUAAAAUAUAUAAAGUUCAUUGUUGUAUUCAUUAUUUAAAUUGUAAAUAAUGUAAAUACAGGGUGACUCCAUUUUAAUGAAAUCAAUAUUAUUAAUGCAAUAGACAUCAAUUUCACUAAGUUUGCAACUGUAGGUAAUACAUUAUAUUGAUAAGGAAAGUUAUUUUUAAGUGUUUAAAAAUAUUUAUAUUUUUAAUUAAUAAAAGUAUGAGACAUAAA